AUCUCUAUCUGUUGUGACAGUUUUACUGUUGGCGGCAGUUCGUUCGUUUGUAUUUUAUGUGUAGUGCGUUGCGCGUUUUUAUAAUUCGUGUUUAUUCUCUAGCUGUGCAUUGCACUGAGCCCCAGGCGACUUGUGUCGUUUAAGCUCAGCGAUUCGCUAGAGCUAUGCUCGAUAUGAUGAACAAAAUGGCCGAACUCAAGUUCGAAGCACCACUAGCGCAAUUUGAAGAGACGGACGAAUGGACCAAAAUAGUGGAUGAUGAACCCCAAUCGAAAAUCCAUCAAGUGGCUCCAGUCCAGCAGUUAGAUAAUGCUUUGAGCAACAAAGUUCAAGAAUCUUCUGGUGGCAGCAAAACUGGAUGCAAUCAAUGUGGGGCAAAUAACAAUACUAUUAGUGUUAUGGAAGUGGCUGACGGUGACAACUUUGGUGAAACUUUCAGCGGGUCACUAGAGGAUCUCGUGCACACGUUUGAUGAUAAAAUCACUAGAUGCUUUUGCGAUUAUGAAGAAUCUGUGGAGAAAUUAGCUCCUGUUCAAAUAAGGACCCAAGAAGAAAUUAUGAACGAAUGUCAGAUGUGGUGGACAAUUACUGGAAAUUUUGGGAAUAUUCUACCAAUUGAUUGGUCAAAAUCAUAUGCACGCAAAGUACAAUUGCCAACUCUUAAUCUAAAUAACAAUCCUCAGGAUGAUUCAUCAGAUGAUCUCAGUAGUGAAGAUGAAGCUGUUGCUAAUGAUUUGGACAUGCAUACUUUAAUUUUAUCAGGACCAAGCGGAGAUAGUGAGCCACCUACCGCUGACGAAGUGAUUAGAGAAAUUGAUGAUAUAAUGGAGGAGGGUACUUCAGAUGAUUGUACACCAGAUUCAGAACAUCCUAAAGAACCUCAUUCUCCAUUAAUUGAAGAAAAAUUAAAAACCUUAGAUGUAUCUCAACUAAACGAGGUUUACAUGGAAUUGGAAAUGCUGAUUAGAGAUUAUUCUGAGACAUUAAUUGCAGAGUUAGCAUUAAGAGAUGAGUUAGAAUUUGAAAAAGAAUUGAAAAACUCAUUUAUAUCACUUUUGUUAGCUGUGCAAAAUCGUAGGAGGCAAUAUCAUGUUGAGAAAAAAAGAAAUUCUAAGAUUGGAAGUACUAACAAAAAUUCAAUUAAUGAGCCGAAGUACCUAACUACUGUUAUUCCAUAUCAUUUGGAUAAUGGACCUUUAAACAAUCAAGCUCUUCAAGUUCUCAUUAAAAAGAUUCGAGUAAUGUUAUGAUAAAAAUGUUCAUCUUAUCCACAAAUCAAGUCAUUUUUCCAUGUCUUCAUAUGAGCAAAACUGCUGAUCAGCUAUCCCAUACCUUGUGCCAUCAAAUGACGCAAGUUAUAAUUUAAUGGAGCAAUAUCUGGGGAUUAUGGCGCGUAGGAUAGAACUUCCAUUUGUGCAUUUCUAUGCAGAUUUUAAUGGGUUUGGCAACAUGAAGAUGAGCAUUGUCAUGCUGUAAAAUUACUUUUUAUGCUUCUGCUUAUAUUGUGUCUGUUUUUCAUGCUGUUCUCGACUCAGCCACAUCAAUUAAAGUAUACCUUUUUACAGUAAUGGUUUCAGUAGCUCAUAAUAAAUAACACUGUCGUGGUUCCACGAAAUACACUCAUAAUCUCCGUAGCUUAUAUAUUCAGCCGAUUCGACGCCGUAGAAGCAUAACUAGGCUGUCUUAUUUAAUUAACAAUUCUUUAAAUUGUUGUAAUGAAUUCAUUUUCCAUCACCCAUCACAAUGCAAUGAAGACAACCCUUCUUUUUUUGCCACUGGAACAGUUAUUUACAGGCGAAAAAUUGUUGCUCAAUGUCCCAUGGCUUCAAGUCAUAAGGAACACAAUUAUUUUUCCUUAUUUUAAAUCAUUCCCAUUGCAUGCAGUCGUUUGAAAAUGGCUUAGCAGGUAACUUUUAAUACUGAAACAUAUUGUUUGACACUAUUUUUUUUCAUAACUAAUUUUUGAUGUGAUUAGGUACGCUUUCUUUGAAUGAAAUAAGAAAAGUAACUCUUUCUGCAAAUAACGAUUAUUUAGCACAAAAUCAAAUAUUUUCACACAACUAAAAGUAUAUGACGCUACCAAAAAAACAAUAAUGUGUCAAAGAGGUUUAUUUACCAUAUGUCUCAGCUUGAUUUAUGAUGUUUUAGAUAUGUCAAAAUUGAUUAGCACUUAAUGCGGGAGCCAUCUAUUAACAAACAGUGAGAACUUAGUUGGGCACCUAAUAACAAAUGCUAAUUAUUUGUAAACCUAAAAAUAAAAACAAAUAAAAAAAUAAAAUAAAAUUACCCAUAUAUAUUUAUAUCAGUGGGUGUUCUCACACUUAUCUGUAUAAAAGUUUAAAAAAUAAAUGAAUAAAUAUAAAAUUUAUAGCAAACAUAAAGGUACUUUUAAAUUUUUAAAUAAUUUGUUCUUGUUUGACAAGUUAAAGCAAUAUUACUAUUUGUACAUAUAAGUAAAAUAAAAAAAUAAUCGAAACACUAAUUUU